AUGUGUCGCUCCGUAGUUCACAGCACACACUGCCUCGUCUGGGGCGGCCUGCAAAGCGCAUUCAGAACCGUCUUUGAAUGGGCCAUACAGCAUGUCAUCCACACUGAUGGCAACGUUCCUGUAGAAGAAGCGAGCCAAUUCUUCAGCACUUACCUGGCCCAUACGCGAAAGAAUAGUUUUCAACAGCAGCGUGUUGGCAAAGCUCCUCAGCGCCAGCGGAGUCCACUUCGUCCUGUCCUUCACAGCAGCGUGGAACUUCUGCACGGUCGCAGACGUCGUGCUCUCGUCUGCCCAGUGCGGCAGGCUCGUCGCGAACACAAGGCGCCCGGCAGCCGCACUCCCAUUGAACGCAGCAACAAACUCAUCGUACAGCAACGAGAACUCCGUGAACAGCACAAACACACGCACACCGCUGUGCUUCGCCAGGUGGCCCGCGACCCCAGCGACAUCGGCAGCAGCGAGGCCCACGACGAACACAUCGCCAUCGUGAGGCAGGUGGCUCUCCAGCGCGUCAUCGGCACCCAGCAGCGCGACCGACCGCAGCGACCCGCCAAACGUCACAAGCGACCGCCGCAACACAUCCGCCAUCGCAGCACCCUCGUCGCUGCGGAUCACAGCGUGGGCGUUGGCACCGCUAUUCUUUCCGAGGUACUGCGCAAGCACAAAGAACUCCUGCUCCAGCGUCGGUGA